AUGCCGCAAACCGAGUUGAAACAGAGCCUCGACCUCUCGAUCCAACUUCUCAACCCACAAACACCAUUGUACAGCGGCAGUGUCAUCCUGGGCCAUGUCGUGCGCAAAUCCCACAUCGUCGCGCCAUCGUCUACAGUCCGUGUUCGCCUCCUCGGCCGCGCAAAGGCAAAGCUUGUCGUCGACCGCGGCAACAACUCGAAAAGCUACUACCGCAGCCGCUUCAACUUUUGGCCUGACUCCGCCGUCACCGAUGUCGUCCACCAGGGCCCCGUCCACGUCGCCCCCGGCGGUAGGGAGCACCAGGCCUGGGCGUUCGCGCUGGCGUUGCCGACGCACACAAACGCCCAGUCUGUGAACGCUUGCGGUGGAGACAGCGCGAGGGAGGCGUGCUUCUUGCGUCCGGGAGGGAGGGCCGGAUCCGCAGCGGGGAUCCCCGAACAGCCGCUGCCUGGGAGCUUCUACUUGGACGGUCGCGGGUUCAGCAAAAAAUGGCACGGAUUCGUUGAGUACUGGAUUGAGGCCGAGAUGGUGGUGCAAGGGAAGAGUUCCAUCGUAAAGGCAGCGCUGCCCGUCAAGGUCUUCUCACCUCCCACGCCAGCGCCACCGAUUAGCGACUUUGGCUUGGUGAGGAGGAAUAUGACUGGGUGCGUGUCCAGUCAGCGAUUGCUGCCGGGUAUGGAGCAGGCAGAGCUGUCCUUCAAGCAGAAGACGCAAAAGUUCUUCGGCUCGUCCAAGGUGCCGACAUUUCACUACACGGUCAACGUCCAGUAUCCGACCGUCAUACAGAUGGGAAACGAGUCCAGCAUUCCGUUCUUGCUGCAUGUAAGUCCAAACAGGGAGAAAACCACCGAAAUCAUCGAAGACGCGCAGCAGACCGUGACGAUAAAGAGUAUGCAACUGGAGCUACAGUCAACCACCGGCAUCAUCUGCCCCGGUACGCUGGAUUCCCACGAGGCGAGCAAGACGCGGAAGCUGUGCCUGGCUAGGAUGAGCAGUGUCUUUCCUGUCACCGAAGAGAGCAUCGUGCUGCCGUCUGGCCCGAAGGAGGAACCCCUGGAUCUUGGUGCUGUACUGAAUCUGCGGGUGGACGCCUUAGGCCGGGUCCUCCACGGAACGAGUAAUUGGCGAGAAAGCCUUGGCAUGACGAUCCUACCUACGCUUGUGACAUACUGCGUCAAGGUCGAGCACACGCUUCGCUGGGAAGUGUCGCUUUCUGUGGCAGGAGAGACAUGGUCUUGUGAGGGCAGUCAAAGGAUCCUUAUCUUGGCGCCAUGCGAAAACAUGGCCAGCGAUCGGGCCGAGACCUCUGCCAUGGCCGCAUCGUCGUUCGCGCCAUCCCCGCCUGCCAUUGAGGAGGUCCCGGCGUACGAUGGACCUAGCGAGGCAGCGCCGGCGUAUGAGAAGGUGGUUGGAGGCGAUGGGGAAGGUCAAUCCGUAGUUGGAGGAAAAUCGUGA